CCCACCGGAAGUGGCAGGAAUUCCCAUGCCCCACGUGACUCUCUGGAAUGCGCUGACGUCACCCAGGGGGGGCCCAUUAGAAAGUUCCUCGCGGAGGAUGGAGCCGAGAAAAGUUUGAAGCGCAGCCCCCGGCCCCGAGGCGGGAGCGAACCCGCGGCGCUGCGGGGAGGCCGAGGCCGAAGCGGGGCUCCCCGGCCAGCCCGGCAGCUCCUGGGAUCCGCGCCUCUCAUGAUGUCUGGCCCCACCUGGCUUCCCCCCAAACAGGUGGGUGUUUCGGGGUCUCCUGGCAUCUUGGUUUCUGCUCCAGUGGCCUGCAAGCCCCAGAAGAGCUUUGCUGCUGCUCCUACCACUCCCAAGCCCACGUACGGCUCUCAGGAGGCGAACGGGACCAUGAGCAUGACAGGUCCUGCUCCUCGGUACCAACCCCCUGCUGCAGGGCCCCCUUCCCUCCCCCAGGAUGCCCCAGCUGAGCAUCAUUUCCCUUCCAAAGAGGAGCGUGGGUCCAGAGGCUCCUGGGGCAGCAUUUCUCCUCCGGGCUAUCAUGGGCAGGGCUCCACCCUGGACCAGCGGCCGCCCUGCCCUUCCAGUAUCGAUGUACAGAUAGACUCUCUCACCAAUAUGUUAGCUGAUAUGGAGAGCGCCGGGCACCAUCGGGGGGAAAGGCAGAUUGUGGAUUCCACACCGUACCCUCCCGCCCUGCCACAUCCUGGUGCCUCCAAGCCUACAAGUGCCUACAAGCCAGGACCUCCCGGUGCCUUCCCUCCUGCCAAGUCCGCUGCGUUUGCCACUGACUCCUAUGCCAAGAGUGUGCCAUACGGAGGCCAACCGUCACAAGCCCCAGCCUAUCCGUCCGCCUCGGUUCUGCCUGCCCAGUACAGCACUCCUGGAUCCGGAGACUCCUAUGGAGCUGGUUACCAGCGGGCAAUGGCUGCUGCCAAGCCGUACCCUCAGCCAAUGCCAGCUUCCUACACCACAGCCUCUACCUCUGCCGGUCCCCAUUUCAACGUUCAAGUGAAGGUGGCCCAGCCGGUAUUGGGGUACAACCAGCCCAGGCGCAGGGCUGAGCAGGCAUACGGUCCUCCAUCCCCACGGCCUGGCUAUGGGGCAAAGCCACCCCCCCAGUAUGCCUCAGAGCCAGGGCUCAGGACCCGGCCUCACGAUGCAGAGCCCUGGUACCCCGAGCCACCAUCUUACGGCAAGAGGGCGGGUGAGGGGGAGUUCUAUGCCAGUCCUGGAGGGCAUGCCAAGCUGGGCUCAGCAGGAGGGCAGUACCUGUCUGGCUUGGGAAAACCAGGAAAAGAAGAGUUGGCAGCCGCGUCACAGAUGCCAGCAAGCGGCGGAGGGCUGAGAUACCAGCACCAGGCUCCCCCAAGCCGCCCAGAAGAGGAGCUUGAUCGGCUUACGAAGAAACUUGUGUAUGACAUGAACAACCCUCCGUCCGGCGAGUAUUUUGGCCGAUGUGCCAGGUGUGGUGAGAACGUGGUUGGGGAUGGCACGGGCUGCGUGGCCAUGGACCAGGUCUUCCACGUGGAAUGCUUCACCUGCUCCACCUGCCACUGUCGUCUUCGGGGGCAGCCAUUCUACGCCAUUGACCGGCGCUCCUAUUGUGAAUCCUGCUACAUUGUGACCCUGGAGAAAUGUUCCAUGUGCUCCAAGCCAAUCAUGGACCGGAUCCUGCGAGCCAUGGGCAAGGCCUACCACCCGCAGUGCUUCACGUGUGUCGUCUGCCACCGGUGCCUGGACGGUGUUCCCUUCACAGUCGAUGCCACCAGCCAGAUACACUGCAUCGAAGAUUUCCACCGGAAAUUUGCUCCCCGAUGUUCGGUGUGUGGCAAUGCUAUCAUGCCAGAGCCCGGGCAAGAGGAGACGGUGAGGAUUGUCGCUUUGGAUCGCAGUUUUCACAUUGGCUGCUACAAAUGCGAGGAGUGUGGGCUGCUCCUCUCCUCGGAGGGGGAGGGCCGAGGCUGCUACCCGCUGGACGGCCACAUUCUGUGCAAGAGCUGCAGUGCGCGGCACAUCCAAGAGCUCUCCUCCAAGAUCACGACAGACUGCUGAUGCGUGGGCAGGGGAGCCCUGGCUGGCAGCUGCCCCCCUCCUUGGGGCCCUUGUGGUCAGCUCCUCCCCUUGCCCCCCCCCCCCAUUCUCCCUUUCUGUGUUGGCCCCGGGAGAGCUCCCGGUUUCUCCAGGAGUGGCCCCUCGACCCACCACUUGACAGGGCCGGAGGAGAGGCCCUUCCUGCUCCCCCCUUCCCCAAAUCUCCCCUUUGCACCUUCUUAAGAGGAGCUGAAAAUAAGCUUGUCGUCCCCUCCUCUUUCCUCCAACCACAUCCUGCAUAAUAUGCCUUGACUCCAAUGUCUGUCCUGAGGGCCCCAAAACCCAUAAGCUGGUCUUAGCUGGGGGUGGGGUGGGGGGGUCACAUGCCAUUUUCCUUCCCCCUCAUUUUCCAUUGAUAACACCCAUCCGCCCUUCUUUCUCUCUCCCCGCAAUUGCAACUUGGGAGCCCAGACCCCUGGGGAGUUUUUAAAUGUCCUCCAACGUCCAAGUUACGGUGUUGGCUUUCUUGUAAACCUCCCCCUCCUAUCUCUGAUUUUACUGUGGUGGGGAGGGAAGUAUGUGCGUCCCGUGUCAGAAAUUUAUUAAAGAAGUUCCAGCAUUUGA